ACUGGUUCAGAUAUAUUUCUGCUGUGCGUCCUGUUCAGUGGUAGGUUUGAUCGCUUGUUGUGGAAGAAGCGGACAUGUCUUUGUCACACUAAAAUAGUUCCCAAGUGUUUGAAUGGGAAAUGUAAACCAAUAGACUGAGGAAAAUGUGAAAGUAAACUGACGAGUGCCGGUAGUUUGUUUAGUUCGUUUGAAAAUAAUUGAAUAAAGUUCGUUUCAAUCAGUUUUUCGGCAUUAAUUUUUUCAGUUUUACAAUACACACCAGUUCAUCUUGGGUCUCGUCGAGAAUGAACCCAACUCCGGAAAUCUGUUGACGAUCAAUGGGUUUACAAGAAAUCAACUGUUACUUGCACGCCAGACCGCCAGGACGCAAAAAGUGUAAUCACUAAGCGAAUUCGUCAUGAGCAAAUGAAUUAGACGAACGGCAUAAUCACAAUGUACAACAAUAGAAAGUCACUCAUUAUUAAAGUCCUCAUCAUAGUCUGUCUGAUUUACUUUGCCAUACACAUCAUCACCAAUAGCGCCCCCACCGUUAUAAGAGAACUUCAACAAUCGGGUAGGAGCCUGGCCGCUCUGGACACCCAGAGUUUGGAACAGACGUCCUUGGUCCAGGAAAUCGCGGUACCUACCACCGUCAACAUCACCAAGACCUCUACUUCGGCAGCGUCUCGCGCUUCCGAAGAUGUCAGACGGGUACUUACGGUCUUCGAAAAGGUGAAGGAGGUAACGCAAUGCCUGGAUCGAUCUGUAGUGCCAAAAACGCAGCAACGAGGUGACUACUGGGUGUUGUACAACUACGUGACCGCGCAGAGGACGUUUAAAUGUGAGGAAAGUGUUACGUACACCACCCACGCGGACUACUCCUUUAUGGACAACCUAGUGCCAUUGUUAGAAAGGUGGAGGGCGCCGAUUAGUAUCGCCCUGCACGCACCCGGUUCCGAUUUCGCGAAUACACUGGAAUCGAUCGCGCACCUGAGAGACUGUACCACGUCACUGGUCAAGGAAUACGUCACUUUUCAUAUUUAUUUCAGCACCAAACACGUACCCAAAGAGGUUCCCAAACAUAAUCACGUGUUCGAAGAGCCCUACAACUGUUCUCUAACUCCGCCGUAUCUCAACGUAUCCUCCGAUCAGAUGUACAAGGCUCAGAAAAAUCUUCUCUACCCUGUAAAUGUGGGUCGUAACGUCGCUAGGGAAAUGGCUCAGACCUAUUACGUUCUAGCGUCUGAUAUUGAACUGUAUCCUAGUCCUAAUAUUAGCACCAAGUUCCUAGAUAUGAUCGCGACUAACACCGGGCCUCUUCUGAGCAAGAACCCCAAGGUGUAUCCACUGCACAUAUUCGAAGUCAGUGCCAAUGCUGCGGUUCCCGAGACGAAGAACAUGCUGAAGGAGAUGCUGGGAAACGGGACCGCAUUGCCUUUCCACAAGAAGCUCUGUCCGGGUUGUCACAGCGUGCCGAAGGCGAAGGAGUGGCAAACCGCCAACGAGACGGAAGGUUUGCACGUGUUCCAUGUGGGGAAACGAAUCGGUAGUUUCGUGCAUUGGGAACCCAUUUAUAUCGGUACCCAUUUCGACCCGUUGUAUGACGAACGACUCAGCUGGGAAGGGAAGAGUGAUAAGAUGACUCAGGGAUACGCCUUGUGCGUUUUGGACUACGACUUUCUCAUUUUGGACAACGCUUUCCUGGUUCACAAGCCAGGCAUAAAGGUCUACAAACAGGACCCGAAAAGGUCGAUGCUGGCCGCGAAAACGAAUCAACUGAUCAAGAAGAUAAUUUUCCCGGAACUGAAAGUGUUGUAUGGCAUUAAAAAAGGCUGUGCUGUCUAGGUAUGCGCGCGAUCAAGCGAUUUACCCAUGUAAUUUAAAUGGACACCGAGUUUAGCGUACGAAUAGCGAGCGACGUUUAAGGAAAAAUGUGAUUGCGUAGUACUUUUAAAAAUUAGCGUCUAGUGGGUCUGCAGUAAAGCCUAGAUCGGUGAUAAUCGGAGGUUCGCUGUAGUCAAUUGAACGUAAUGAGCGAUUGGGAAAUUUUUAAAAUUGUUGUGUACCUAUUAGCGUAGUAUUAUUUUGAUAACUUUAAUCGUUUUAGGGUGAAACUUAGACUUAGGGGAAGCUCUAAUUUUCAUGGUUGAGGGUUGACGCGCAAUUGUUUUAUAAUAUCGAUCUCAUAAAAUGGGACUAUGUAUCGUACCUACUUAAGGUUGAUGUAUUCAUUAGCUAUUCAAAGUCGGGUAUCGAAAUACAUUUACGAAAAAUGUAGAUCUUCCUCUAGCGUCUUCAAAUUCGAUCGGUGUUUGGGCUCUUUGGUUUUAAUGUACCUACCUAUCCAUAUUUAUAUAUCUCUAUCUAGUGUACAUAUAUCACUACGUAUUUGCUCACGAAAAUACCUGUUUGAAAAUGCAGAGAAAUCCAGGGUAAAUUUUGACAAAAAAAAAAUUGAAAAUAUAUACCAAGUAUAGCCUAUAUAUUUUACUUAAUAUAUGCUUAUAUAUUCCUGUAUUGGCUGCUUAACAAAUACCAUCUAAAUUAGCCAUAAUUAGACGGAUCCAAUAUCAUGACAUUUGUAACUUAGUUAAACUGCCUAAUGUGUAGACUUGAAUGAUAUUUAAUAUUUUAAGUAUACUUACAUUAUCGCUAUACUAUACACGUUUCGUUAGCAUCUACAAGACUUUUUUAAACUAUAAACGAUCAUUUUCCUAUUUUUGUUAGAAUAGACUGAUAUUUUUAACUGUUCAUUGUAUAGAGUCUCAAGUAUAGAUACCAAUGCAAAAUCGGCAAAAAAUAUUUCUAUCUUAUGUUUCAGAAUUGAACUAACAAAAAAAACAAACGAAUAAUAUUUCUUCUGAAAAAAUAAGCAAAGAUUUGCUCCCUGGGUAUUUAUCUGGAUAUUAUAAAAAUAAUAUUUUUUGCUGAACCAAAUUGAGGUUCUAUGAAAUGAGGGAUUUAUUAUAGACCGACGAUUUUAAGAGUAUACUAAGCGGUUUGCAAAAGCGCUAUAAAUAAAUUUAUAAUCUGUUACUUAUUAGCCAAUAGAUACACUCAUAAGUGCAUUUGCUCAGUAUAUUUAUUUUUAGUCAUAAGAAGAUUCGCCCGGAAUCACGCAUCUUUUAAAAUUUUGAGUACUUAUUUCAUAUGAAAUUACCGAUAAUGAGAAGAAAAUAAAUCUGUAGUUGAUUUUAUACAGCCCUUCCUUAAAGAAUUUUGUUGUAUUUUAAUUCGUAUUUUUUUUUAAAUUGCUAGUCCUGUUAAUAUCAGGGACAGUAUAGAUUGUAUGUUCCCAAUGUUAUAUGUUAGUCCUAUUUGUUUGCUGUAUUAGCGUUUAUUGUGCCUUAAAUCCUGUAAAAAUGUCGUGAUCAUGAUAAGCGAAACCAUAAUUUUUCUACUAUUAAAUGGAUAUAAUAUAUUCUGGAAGGAAAUAAACUUUUUACCGAA